GCCUUCCAUCCAGCAGCCGCCGUCCGGGGAGCAACAAGCGUCUCCUGCUCUUGCUUGGACCUCAAAGGAAAGCCAAGCGUGCUCCUGCAGCCAGGAUGGGCUGCACCGCAGGGCCCCUCGCCGGCCAACCGCAAGAGGGGCAGUCCCUGGAAGCCGGUGGCGCCAAAGUCCCCGAGGUGCUCUCCUCCCUGGAGCGUCUUUCCCAGGCCACCGGCGGCAUGGAGAAGUCUUGGUACCGCUGCAUCUUCCCCUUCGGAAUCAUCUCCCUGGUGAUCGGCGUGGCGGGGACGGGGGUCACCUACACCUACGAUGACCUGCCGCAAACGAAGGUGGUGUCUGUGGCACUGCUGGUCACGGGACUGCUGCUGCUGGCGAUGGCCACCGCCUGCUGGAGCGUGCAUAAGAAGAAGCGGAGGAAAAAGAAAGAGGCCGGCGGGUCGGUGGCCUCGGAGCAGUGUCCCCUGUGAUGCACAACUUGGAGGGCAGAGUUCGGGAGACCUGGGGAGCCGCCACGCCUCCUCCUGCGUGUGCGGCGGUGCCUCUUCGCUCCCAGGGUUCACUCAGGAUCUGUUUCGUCUGGGCCAUUUUGGACUGGCAAGGAGGGAUCCACCGCUGCGUCUCCUUUCCAGGUGUCCGGUGUCAAAACAACCUCCAAGGAGACGUAUGCACACACACACACACACACACACACACACAUGUCCACCGCCGCUGACGCCGGAUUCACUGCUGGCGUCACGGGGCGCGUCAGUCACAGCAUUCCUCCCGCCGGGACAGGUGACUCUCGGGGAGAGAGAGUGAGAGGGCAGAAGCGGGCCGGAGAAGACGGCAACCCGAUACCGGGCCCAAAGAGCAGCGCGCCCACGUCAGCCCGCAGCGUCACCGCCUCGUCCUGUGACACCGCAGCAAUGCGUGCGUGUGUGUGUGUGUUGGGGGGGAGGCUUUUUUUAUGCAAGGGGAGAGUGGAACUUGAGUCCUCUGAGGAUCCGGGGGAUGAAGACCUUGUGCGCUGCUGAAGGGAGCGGAGGAGCAUGGACUUCUGCUGAAGAAGAUGUUUGCGCAGUCAAAGACUCUCUCGCAACUUCCUGAGUGCAUGUAGUACCCCCUCCUCCCCCCACUCCGCAGGAGUCUGGCCAGGAUUACUGAAGGACACAUGCCAUAACGAGGACCCUGGCCUAGCCCCUCCCGCUUCGUGCCUUGAGCAAGCACACAUGGAAAAAGGCUCUUGUCACAUUCGGAUGUUUCCAUAUGAACUCGUGACCUCCCCCCACCUCACUUGCCCUUGUUCUCACCCUCAUACACUGCCCCCCCCCCCUUUUCUUCAUCAAUCCCAUCUGCAUUUUGCACUUUGACUACUUUCCCUGAUCCUUGUUUCAUUUCUUCAGUGAAUGGAAGACAAGCUGCUCUUGUAAUGCCGCCUUCCUCCUCAGGAGGCAGUCGUGAGUCACUGUAGCAUGAAGAAAGCCAGUUAGUCUACUUCGCAGUCACGUGACCACCGUAGGUGAGUUCUGGAAUGGACUGUUGCCCCUAAAAAGUGUUAUUGUGAAGUGGACAGAAAAUAGACCUUCAAUAAAUGCAAUGUAUCCCGGAGGGGGAACAUGGCCACACCGAAAAGAGAACACGUAGUUCUACGCGGGAAAAGUCACACAAUUGCCAUUUAAACAUUGAAAUAGUGAGAGAAAAAAUGUCAUUUUCCUUAGGUAAACGUUGUCAUUUUAGGAGAAAAAGGCUCAGACGCUCACGUUUAUCUUUGUGUUGGCAUUUUGACAUUGAAAUUCAGACUAAAACAGGACUUUUGUCGUACUGUCACGUGACGACUUUACUCUCACAAGAUUGACAUUGUGUGUUACUUCUUUCAAUAUGACCACUUCAUUGCAGCUUUUAGUCGUUAAAAGAUGACUUCUGGGAAUGUUUAUCAUGACUUCUUGUAUUCUGGUCACUGCCACUUUAUUUUUGUACUUUUUUUAGUCAUAGUCAUGUUACUUGGUUCUUGUAAUAUUAGGAGUUUAUUCACAGAAAAUGACAACUUCAUUCUCCUCGCAGUACAUCUCCUUGUUUUUUCUACUUGUAGUAAUAUUACGGUACUACUCUUCUCUGAAAUUAAAAAAUGUGUUUUCAUAACAUACAAGUUUUUUCUCGCAAUAUUACAACCGACUUCUCUAAUCAGAACUUUCCUUAAAAAGAAUGUUUUAUUCUGAGAAAAGACUUUACUUGUCCUAAUAUACGACUUUUAGGAAUUUUCCAAUUUCAUUUUUGCCGCUGCCACUUUAUUUUAUAACUUUUUUCUUGUUAUUACUUUUUUUUUGCAAUAUCAUGACUUUAUUGGCAGGAAAUGACGACUUGAUUCUCCCGACGAUACGACUUUACUACGACUUUUUUAAAUUUGAGACUUUUCUGUCAAACGUGCGCCAUUACGCUUGUUGUGGUGCCACCGUUUUCCUGUAGCUUCAACACUUGUUUUCUCGUAUUUUUGUGGUUUUUUUACUUUUAGUAAUAUUCUGACUCAUCUAAACAACAAAAAUACCACUUCCUUUUCAGAACUUGGACAUUUUUCUCAUAGUGUUAGAACUUUCUUACAACUUUCCUUUUAAAAAAAAAUAAUAAUACUUUUCCCCUCAUAAUAUGACUUAUUUAUGACUUUGUAAUAUUCCAAUUUUAUUCUUGGCACUGUGACUUUAUUUUAUAAUUUCUUUUCCUGUCAGAUGACUUUUUUUGGUUAGAUUGUGACUUUCUUCACAGAAAAUGACGGCUUCAUUCUCCUAACAUUGUGGCUUUACUAAGAAUGUGCAACCUUUCUGUCAAACCUGCACCAUUAUUCUUCUGAUAGUACAAACCUUCUGCUUCUUAUUUUGUAAUUACCGUUUGUUUGUUUGUUUUACUUUUAGUAAUAUUACCACUGCCUCCUCGUAACUCUGUGACAUUUUUCCACAUAAUAUCAGGACCUUUUUCUCACAAAAUGAUGACAACAUUUACACUUGAUUACUUAGUGUAUUGUAGUAGUUUGUUAUUUAUCGUAGUGACAUCACAACUGUAUUCUGGCAACAUGACUGCUUUUUGCAGACAUUAUUCUCUGGUCAUUAUUAGCAGUAGCAUGUGGGGGUGUCACAAGGCACGAGAUGAGACGACAUUUUCACGUUACUUUUAAGAAAAGUACAAUGAAACGCAAUAUGACAAUAUACUGCAACCUACUCAUUUCAUGUCUACCACGUUACACUCUUCUGCGUAUGCUAGCAGCCCCGCCUCCACCCACUGAGGCAAAGAGACUGUAUGACGGACAAAAGGGCUCACUCCGUUCAUGCAUGAUGUUGUGACACCCCUAGUGAUACUCCAACUCUUGCAGCAUUGGUUUCCUUUUCAGUGUGGCCUUAUCACUUGGCGCUGUUUCCUCUGGUGCACCGAGCAAAUGAACGUACGUGUCUGUGCUGCUCUUUUACGACAACAUCGCAGGGGGAAUAACAAAUGCACAUCGCACGGGGAAGUGCAAAGGAAGGAAUGCAUCGAUAGUACGAUGGAACAUUAGGGCCACAUUGACAAAAAUCGGAGAUUUUGAGAAUAAAGUUGUACAUUUCCAACUUUUUUCUCGUAAAUGUACAAACUUAUUCUUGUAAUAUUACAACUUUUUUUGAAGUCAUACAUGUACGACUGUUUUUCUUGUAAAUGUAUGACUUUAUUCUCGGAAAUGUACAGCUCUGAUUCUUGUAAAUUUACUACAUCAUUCUCAUAAUAGAACUACUUUUUUCUCGUAAAUUUACAACUUUAUUCUCAUAAAUUUACGACAUUAUUCUCGUAAUAUUAUGACAUUUUUUUUACGUUAAUUUACGACUUUAUUCUCAUAAACAACUUUUUUCUUGUAAAUGUUUGACUUUAUUCUCCUAAAUGUACUACAUUAUUCUCGUAAUGUUACUACUUUUUUCUCGUAAAUUUAGGACUUUAUUCUCGAACUCUCCGUUUUUUUUUUCAAUGUGGUCCUAAUACUCCGCCGCGCUAUGAGACUGAAAUGAAGCCGUGCCCUUGAAAGUCAUUGAUCAGCGCCUCGUCGAUCCACGUUAGCCACGCCCGACUAAGAAGUGUCUAUGCAUCCGUAGGUAGCAGUUAGCGCGCGAUGCCAAAGUCGGUCCAGUUGAUCAGACUCCUUUUUGCAGCUAAAAUGUGCAUUUUGAUGUUGUGUUGCUUAAGAGAUUGUCAUAAAGUGUAAGAAUACGCGAAGGUUCUUUAGCAUUUGAAUGUCAGUAGCGGAGCGAGACAGUGAAGUGGAUGUGUUGGAGCUCUAGAAAAAUCCGUUGUCGUCUCGAUUUAAGGCUUGAUUGAGUCAUAAAUGGACGCUGGGCUUUAUUCAGCUUGGUGUCUGCUGCAUGAUUGAAUGGGUGCAGUAUUGCGAAGCUUAACUGACUGGUACUGUGUUUUAUGACUAAUACGUGUCAGCGUGUCGCCAUGAUGCACUUAUACACUGAUGACGAGUGACCACACCUUUGUUUCCUUUUCCCUUCUGCCUUUGAAGAAAAUCUACCUCUGUGCUUGUGCCGUUAAAUCUCUUGGUGUGCGCCCGCUAAUAUUUUUGGUGCUGUACAUGCCACAAGUUUAUAUUUGUACUGUAUACUGUAUUUCUACAUGGAUGUACAUUUCACAUGUCGGAUGAAAUAAAUGUUGAAUGAAAAUGUGUGUCUGGGUUUAUGUGCUUUGGGAGAUGAUCUUAUUAGCUUACCUGCAGCAUCUUUCACCCCAGAAAG